AUGGAAAGAUCAGCCAGUCUCCCACACUCCGACCUCAGUGGCAUCAGUGGGCCUCUUCAAAGCUCAGUGAAUGAAACCAGCGAGAAAUUCAGCUGUGAAGUUCAAGAAGUCAACCAGGGAUUCAUCAGUCUCAGCACUAUAAUCUCGAGUGCAAAGUCAGCAUGAGAUGAGAUAAGAAUAGAACUCAUCAGAAAAGUAAACGAGCCUGUUAAUGAAGAAGAAGCCUCAAGCAUUGAAACUAAGCAAUCAGCUGCUUCCGUCAAAGUGGACUCAGAUCUUGAAGCAAAAAUAGCUUUACUUGACGAAAAACUCAAAGACGUGGAUGCUAACACGAAAAUAGUAUCACAGCUAUUGAAUCAUUGCUUGGAAAUCGAAAUAGAUCAGAGGCAAAAAAUUGAAGAGCAUAAGGAAGAUGCAAAUGAACUGAAAAGACUAGCAAAAAAAAUCAGGAUGCUCGAAAAAGAAAUAGAAAUGCUGAAGGCAGAUAAAUACCAAUUAUUGAGAAAUCUUGAAGACGAAAAAAGGAAUAGAAAAUGAGAAGAGGAAGUCCAUGAAAACCACAUAAUUUCCUUAUUGGAAUCCAUGGAGGAGAAAAUAAAUAAAGCAAUUGAAGAAAACACAAUAAAAGAAAGAGCCGAAACUGAUAAGAAAAUAAAAGCAGAAAGAGCCGAAAUGGAUAAGGAAAUAAAAGCAGAAAGAGCCGAAAUGGAUAAGAAAAUAAAAGCAGAAAGAGCCGAAAUGGAUAAGGAAAUAAAAGCAAUUAAAGUCGAAACGGAGAAGGAAAUGGAACUAAAUCAAGAAUACAGAAAAAAAGACAAAGAAGAAGCGGCGGCUAAAAAUAAAAAACUAAAAUCGCAGGUGAAAUCGAUGAGAAUAGAAAUGAGCAAGUCGAAAACAUUAGAGAACGAAAACGCUAUGCUAAAGUCUUCAUACUAUGAAGCAUCUUUUAAAUCUCUACAUAGGCAAUUAAUAGAGCAAGUUGAGCAAAGCCUUUUUCGUCACUUAUCAGUUCAUUUAGGCCGGAAGCCGAAAGAUUUUAGAGAUAUUAAAAUCUUAACCAAGCAAAACAAUCUUGAAUCUCAAGAGAUUAAUCAAAAAAUUGAAAUUUUUCUGAACCAAAACUAUGAUUUUGGAUUAAGAGAGUGGAGGCAAUUAAAAGAUUACAAAAAAAGACUCAGUAGCUACAUCCAUCAUGUUCUUUCAAAAAUAGAUGGAGUUGAAGAAUAUAUUUCAAAAUUGGACGUAAACAGUGAGAGCUUCGCUAUGCAUCAACUUCUUUACAGAGUAAUUCCUGAAAGAUAG